AUGUCCAGGAACGUGGUACAGCCCAAUGGCUGGGUGGCAUUGAGGUUACCAAAUGAAACCCUUCGUGUGCUUCAAGUAACACCAAAUACGUGCGUCACCGCCAUUGCCCAUACCGCACCGCCCCAGUUCCGACCCGUACCACUGACCGUCGUGUUGUUUUGUAGAACAAUUUCUCUCGGAAAAUACGGCUCAUUUCCGAGUAACUUACUCAUAGAACGUCCAUUCCAUCUUACUUAUGAAAUCCAAGAGAAGCGCGACGGCGAAAAAUUCUCCCGAUUACGAGUCGUCCCCGGAACGGAACUCAACGCCGACAUCCUCGCAGAGACGAACCAGAAUGAACCGACGGACGGAGAGGCGGCCAUCGUGGCCGGCGAGGGAGAAGAACUUGCUCUCGUAGAUGAGACUGGAAAAGUCGUUGCGCGGUCAAAUCGCGAAGUCAUCGACGACUCGGCGCGACAGACGCUCACAGCAGACGAGAUCGAAGUGUUGAAACGCAAGGGUGCAGCGGCUGGUAAAGACCUCAUUGCGAAACUUAUGCUCUCACAUACGGCGAUUGAUCAAAAGACGACAUACUCGUUGGCGAAAUAUAAGCUCUUGAAGGAGCGCAAGUUUCUGAGGCGGUUUACUGUGCUGCCCCUGGAUGUUGUCCUCCUUGGUCAGUGGCUGCUCGAGGAUAGGGAUGCUGGGAAGAUUUUGGAGAUGAGGCUGGAGAUGAUGGGUUUGUUGGGGUGCUGGGCAGAUGUGCACUUUGGAGGGGAGCCGGUGUCAGGGGUGAGUGAACCUCAUGGUGGGAGAUGGUUGGCGGUGGACGAUACGGGCGGUUUGUUGGUUGCUGCUAUGGCUGAAAGGAUGGGGAUACUGCAUCCGGAGCCGACUAGGGAAGACGACGAAGACGCAUCAGAGAAUCACGGAGAGAGACAACAAACAGAAGCGUUGCACGAGCAAGCGGAUACAAAUGGCACCUCUGAACAACACAAUCCUCCAUCGUCACCACAGACACAAAGGACGCAUAGGAAGCAUCCCCGCCGCGACGAUUUGGAUGAGCACUACGCUCUCACGAAUACCAUUACCCUCAUCCACACCAAUUCACAGCCGAACCUCUCUAUUCUUCGAUACUUUGACUACGACGCCACAGACGCCAACCCAUCAUACCCCUAUCAUCCUCUUUUCACCAACCUCCUUCCCAUCUCGUGGCUACAACUAGUCGAUCCAGCCGAGGACGCCGUCUACUUUGAAAAGCCAGAGGACAUAACCAGCGAACAGCUCGCGUCUUGGAAACCCAAUCGCCGUGGAAACUAUCACCGCAAACGCCGGAGAUGGGCGCGAACCAACGAAAUUGUUGACAAGACGCGAGCUGGCGGCUUCACCGGUCUUGCAGUAGCGAGCACCAUGGAUCCCAUAUCAAUACUGCGUCAGGUGCUCCCCCUGUUGUCAGGUGGUUCCCCCAUCGCAAUCUACUCACCUACGAUUGAACCGUUGGCCCAGCUAGUUGAUUGUUUCAGCAUUGGCCGCCGAGCAGCAUGGGUAUCAUCACCGCCCGCGGAAGCAGAGGGAAAGUCGCAAGCCGAGCUAGAUCGGUGGGGGGGCACGAGAGAGUUUCCUAUUAAUCCUACGCUAGUGCUUGGCGCUUCCGUGCAAAGCAGUAGAGCGAGGAGAUGGCAAGUCUUGCCGGGGAGGACACACCCGUUUAUGACGAGUAGAGGAGGUGCCGACGGGUUCUUGUUUACGGGAUGGAGGACCAUUCCGGCUGAGGGGAGAAUUUCUGCGAGAGGCAAGUUUCAGAAGAAGAAGGUGGACGGUGCAUAA